AUGGGUGAUGAACACUCUGAUGGCCCGAAAAACAGGAGUUCCAACCUGACUACUCCACCAGUAGGUGGCGGUCAACCGCCAUUUUCUAGAAAUGUGUCGAAUGAUGAUCGUCAGCCAUCGGUUCAAUUAAACCCAAAACCGCCGGACGCAAGAGCACCACAGGGCAUCACUUUUAAUCAUACACAACGUACUGUCGAUAUUCCAGAUAACACCUGGCUACCCGGUUUUCCAUAUCAGGUACGAGGUAGAGUAACAUGUGAGAAUGAGGAGUUAUAUGCAAUCGAGGCUGUCAAGCCAUUGAGCGGUUAUACUGGUUUAUGUCCAAUAUGUCAGCGUCGGCAUGUUCCACUUUCUCCCUCGCGUGGAUAUUAUGCUACAAGUCGAUCAUUAUAUGACAAAUUGGUCUCGGCACAAAGCAGUGAAACAUCACUUCAAGAACUGAGGUGCGAACGUAAUAAACUACCACCCUUAAAAAAGCCAUUAAUUGGAAAAAAUAUUGGUAUACAAGGUGAAUCAAAUUCAUGUUAUCUCGAUGCUACAUUGUAUUGCAUGUUUGCUUAUAAUGAUGUGUUUGAUAAACUAAUAUAUUCACCAGAAGUUAAAAAUAAUCCACAUUCAGACGAACAAGAUUCAGCGAUUUCCAAUGUUCAGACACUCUUACGUGAUAAUAUUGCUCAUGUUUUACGUUCAGGAAAGGGUUAUGUUCGGCGUGAAGCCAUAUUGCAUUUACGUCAACAAUUAGGUAAAGCAACAAAGGAUCAAACAUUUUCCAAUGAUGAAAAAGAUCCGACGGAAUUUUUACGUGCAUGUGAAAAACUAUUUCAUUAUUCACCAAUAAAAACAAUUCAAUAUGAUGAAAAACCAAAGGAUGAUUAUUCGAAUAUUACAUCAAAUUUUAUCUGGGAAUGUUUUGACGAUAAUAUUGAAAAAAAAUCAUCAACGAAUGUGCAAACUUUAUUUACAAACUCAUUACGACAAUUUCAACAAAAAUUGGCUGGUGUACCACCAUUUUUGAUAUUAGUUGCUCCAAGACACUCACGUACAGAACGAUCGUAUAAGUAUAUUACGCCUGAUUUAAAAAUUCGAUUAGAUGAUGAUCUGGUACAACUAUGUUGUUUAAAAUGUGGAGUAACAGCGAAAAAUAGCGAAAAAGAGCGAGAAUUUUUCCAUUGUCCACAGUGUUCAUUAGAAUACGUGCAGGAUAGCAUGAGCAAGGUUAUGUGUUUUUGUCUUAAUUGUGUAAAGGAGAUACAUACUACACCUGAACAACUUGUAGACGAGAAACAUUCAGUAAAACAAAUUGGUAAUAAAGCAUUGAAUAAACAAGUCCUAGAAUUAUUUGCCGUAUUAUGUAUCGAAAAAAGUCAUUAUGUCGCAUUUGUGAAAUGUAAAGCAAGUCCAAAACAACAUUUUUUACAACAAACAGCAUCACAAGGUGAAAAUGAUCAAUGGCUAUUUUUUGAUAGUAUGUCGGAUCGUAUCGAUGAUCAAAUUAAUAUACCGUCGGUUAGUCAUGCAGAAAGUUUUGAAGAAUGGAUUGCAACCGCCGUCAAAUAUGAAGAAAAGUUUUUCCGAUUCUUAGACGAUCAACGAAAAAGUACACAAUAUAAACAAUCAUUAAGUACUAAAGAUAUAAUGCAAUUAAGAUUAUUUCGUGACGGUGCUUUCUUUUUCUAUGAAUGUGCGCAAGCAAUUUAUACUUAA